AUGGGAGCCAUUCUCAUGUUUCAUCAAAAUCCAUCAGUGCAUACACAAAUCAAACCCAACACCAAAUUGAAGAAGUUUGGCAGAAUGAGUUCCAAGAAUAUAAGCAUUCAGAAAGUUCUUGCUCCUACAACAAGGCCACCUCCUAAGGAUCCCAAGUCCAACCCUCCAGCCACUGGGACUAAAAGCUUUAUAGAACGUCCCACGAAUGAAGUGCCUGUACUGGCUAUGGCGAACAUUGGAGAACAUAUCAUCCACUGA